UCGGCUCUGAAUGUAGAUGCUCAGUUGGUCGGCGACCGAGUGAAAAAUCGCAAGUGAAAUCCGAGCUUAGCUGCGGUUACAGCUGCCAAGAGACGGCAAAAACCAACCAAAACAGCACCCCGCUUUCAUUGGCCUGGUGCAUUGCGUGACCUGCUGGUCCUCCUCGUUGGCUCGCGGUUCAUUCAUCUGGUAGCGCGCGGCGGUUGCCUGUGCGGUGCAUGCGCAGGGUUGAGGUGCACCCUGCGGCUCGGCCGGUCGUCGGCAGCGUCAGUCGUCGUCCCUCACGCACACCAUGAGGGACAAGGAGCACCUGCAGCCGCGGCCGACGUCGCCGGCGCCGCCCGUCGCCAACUCCUCGGCCAACCACCACCACCAGUCACCUUCGCACCGCAAACCCAUCCGUCUGCGCAACCUUCUCAACCAGUCCGAGACCUUCGACCUUCUGCACCAGCAAGUUGUUGAGCCGACGCAAUGCACGGAGAAGACAUGCAUGGGCAGCAUAAUGUCCAUCCCUGGUCGUUCGCCGACCAACCCAAGGACCAAAGAGGAAGUUCUGCGACUUGCCAGAGAAUUCAUGGAUCAAUACUUUGCCUCGAUCCGCAGGUUAAACAGCGCGGCGCACCAAUCCCGGUGGGCUCAAGUUUGCAAGGAAGUCGACGAGUCCCUCACGUAUCAGUUGACAAACACGGAACUCGUGUACGGCGCCAAACUCGCUUGGAGAAACUCGUCUCGCUGCAUUGGACGCAUUCAGUGGUCGAAACUUCAGGUGUUUGAUUGUCGCGGGGUGACAUCGGCGGGCGGAAUGUUCGAAGCCAUCUGCAACCACAUCAAGUACAGCACCAACAAAGGCAACAUCAGAUCGGCGAUCACCAUCUUUCCUCAGCGGACCGACGGCAAACACGACUUCCGCGUGUGGAACAUGCAGCUCAUUUCGUACGCUGGCUACAAAGAACUGGACGGCACCAUCACCGGCGACCCUGUCAAUGUCGAGUUCACUGAGGUUUGCACUCGACUCGGCUGGAAAGGCAAACACACGCGCUUUGAUAUUCUGCCGCUGGUGCUUUCAGCCAAUGGACACGACCCUGAGUACUUUGACAUUCCACCAGACCUAGUCAUGGAAAUUCCUCUUACACAUCCAACCUUUGACUGGUUUGGUGAAUUGGGUCUUCGGUGGUACUGCGUGCCGGCAGUGUCAGGCAUGCUCUUUGACUGUGGCGGUCUCGAGUUCACAGCGUGUCCUUUCAAUGGUUGGUACAUGGGCACCGAGAUUGGCUGCCGCGACUUGUGCGACUCCAACCGGUACAACAUCACUGAGGUGGUGGCGACACACAUGGGUCUGGACACCCGCAAUCCAGUCACUCUGUGGAAAGACAAAGCGCUGGUCGAGGUGAACGUCGCAGUGCUGCACAGUUUCCAGUUACACAACGCCACGAUUGUGGACCACCACACGGCGUCCGAGAGUUUCCUGAAACACAUGGACAACGAGCAGCGCCUGCGACGUGGAUGUCCGGCUGACUGGGUGUGGAUUGUGCCGCCAAUGUCGAGCUCCAUCACACCCGUUUUUCACCAGGAAAUGGCCCUUUACUACCUGAAACCCUCCUACGAGUAUCAGGAGCCGGCCUGGAAAACGCACGAGUGGAAGAAAGGCCGCGACUCGAGCAAAGGCUCCAAGAGCAAACCCAGCCGCAAAUUCCACUUCAAACAGAUCGCCAGGGCCGUCAAGUUCACGUCAAAGCUGUUCGGUCGCGCCCUUUCGCGCCGCAUCAAGGCCACAGUUUUGUACGCAACCGAGACGGGACGUUCAGAGAUGUACGCCAAGAAGCUGGGCGAGAUUUUCGGCCACGCGUUUAACGCACAGGUGUACUGCAUGCAAGACUACGACAUGAGCAGCGUCGAACAUGAGGCGUUGUUACUGGUUGUCACGUCCACUUUCGGUAAUGGUGACCCACCAGAAAAUGGCGAGGUAGAAAAUUUAUUCAGCACGUCAGGUUUACAAGCGUUCGCGCAGAAUUUGUACGCCAUGAAAAUGGACGAAGCGUCGGCCACAGGCGAAACGGACAGUAUCAGCAGAAUGGGCACCUCUAAGUCCUUCAUCAAGGCCAACAGCCAGGUGGACACGGAAAAGACGGUGGAAAAGAGGCCGCUUGAUCGUCUGGACUCGUUGCGUGGCUCCGUCAGUGACGUCAUGUCCGAGGACAACUUUGGGCCGCUAAACAACGUCAGAUUCUCCGUGUUUGCGUUGGGAUCGAGCGCCUACCCCAACUACUGCGCCUUCGGCAAAUACGUGGACAACCUGCUGGGCGAGUUGGGCGGCGAGCGGCUGAUGAAGUUGGCCACCGGUGACGAGCUCUGCGGACAGGAGCAAGCCUUUCGUGACUGGGCACGCGAGGUUUUCACCAUGGCUUGCGAAACGUUCUGCCUAGAUGAUGACGCGUCGCUGAGCGAGGCAACAAAGGCGCUUCGCUCGGAGAACAUAAGUUCGUCAGCUGUCCGUUUUGCCGACAUCUCUGCUGAGGAAUCUCUAGUUGCUGGUCUGACUCGGGCGCACAACAAAAAGGUCAAUGCGUGCAAAGUGCUGGCCAAGGCAAACUUACAUGGAGAACACUCGCCUCGAGCGACCAUGCUAUUGGAGUUGGCCUGCCCCAUCAACAUCAGCUACCAGCCGGGUGACCACGUUGGGGUCUUCCCGUGCAACCGACCGGAUCUGGUGAACGGCCUUCUGGACAGACUUCGGCCAACAAAUGCACCUCCAAAUUGGUGCGACAAGCCUGUCCAGCUGCAGACUCUCAGCGAAAAACCUACUCCAAAUGGUUUGCUGAAGAGCUGGGAUUCGCACCCAAAGCUUUCUUCGGCGUCCAUUCGUACCCUAUUUUCUCGCUACUUGGACAUAACGACACCCCCGGCACCAUCAGUGCUUCGUCUCUUGGCAGCCACCGCCAAAGACGAGCAAGAGCGGAUCGAACUGGACAAGCUUGCUUCCGCAGGCCUAGGAAUAGAUUCCGGUGCUUACGAGGAUUGGCGACACUGGCGGUAUCCGCACCUUCUUGAGGUGCUGCAGCAGUUUCCCUCUUGUCAGCCCGACGUGGCUUUGCUCGCGUCCCAGCUGAGCCCCCUGCAGCCGCGUUUCUAUUCCAUCUCGAGCUCGCCACGCGUCCACCCAGGCGCCAUCCACAUCACCGUCGCUGUCGUCUCGUACAAGGCGCAAGGUGGAAAUGGACCUACGCAUUAUGGAGUGUGCUCCAAUUACCUGAAAGACUGUUCACAGGGAGAACUGCUGCAUGUGUUUGUCAGAAGUGCGCCUGGCUUCCACAUGCCGGAAGACCCAAUGCGUCCGAUUAUCAUGGUGGGGCCUGGCACGGGAAUCGCUCCCUUCCGAGGUUUUUGGGAGCACCGACGGGCUGAGAUCGAGAACGGCAAGAAGGGAAUGAAAGCGGGCCCGAUGUGGCUCUUCUUUGGCUGCAGGAACAAGGAACUAGACUUGUAUAGCGUCGAGAAAAACAAUAUGCUGAAGGCUAAUGUUCUCCAGAAAGUGUUCCUUGCACUUUCCAGGGAAACUACUAUUCCUAAGACUUACGUGCAGGACCUGAUUCGCACAGAGAGCGCCGCCAUCUACAAGCAAAUCGUGGUGCAGAAGGGCCACUUUUACGUGUGUGGCGACUGCACCAUGGCUGAACACGUCUAUCGCACAUUGAAGGAAAUCAUCAAGGUGCAUGGUGGCAUGACUGACGCCUCCGUUGAGACUUACAUGCUGCUUCUGAGAGACGAAAAUCGGUAUCAUGAGGACAUCUUUGGCAUCACUCUGAGGACUGCCGAAGUCCACAGCAAGUCACGGGAGUCAGCUCGCAUGCGGAUGGCCUCACAACCCUAGUAGAUACUCCCUCGACCCGGCACACAAGACACCAAUAUGAAAUCCGCGCGAUAAUUCCCUUCAACGGCUCUAAAUGAUGAAAAGUCCUAAACUCGCUUACCCUUCUUCUCUAGUUAUAUGAACAUGUUACUAUUAAUUUGUGUUGUUAAUAGUAAUUAAUAAAAUAAUUUUACUGGCGUAAAAAAUGAUUCUUAAGACUUGUAUUGAAGCGGAUGAAUUAUUUAUAUAUAAUAAUUAUGUUACAAAUAAGUUUUUAAAAGCCAAAGUAAAUCUUUUUAAAGUUACGUCUUUAAUCCGCAGGUUCUUUCACAAUAUUGUAAAUAAUUAUUGUUAUCUGUAUGAUUAAGGACACAUUCAUUUUUGGUAAUGUUUAUAUUUGAAUUCAAUGAUUUUACUAUAAUUAUAUUAAAUUUAGCAAUUUUCGGAGUGAUUUCUCUUGAUAUAUGAUAAAUAUCCAAUAAUCACAUGCAAAGAGAAUCAAAACUAUGCGCAAUUCGGGAUGUUGAAGUUGACCAUGACUCUCUAUAUAGCAAAAUGCCUCUAUAUUUAAAACUCCUUCAGCAAAAUAAAACAUUUUCUCGCCAACCAUUCAUAUCAUAAAAACUCACACAAUUGAUAUAUUGCUUGCAAAAAAGAUAAAUGGCCUCUGGUCUGCUAGAGUAAUUACUUACUUGACUCGCCGUGACAAUGAUAAAUUUAUGAAAGUGGAGACCUUAGUAUAAAACUUGACGGUCUUGCUCUCCUAUCAUCAUCCGAGUGACAAAAAAUCCCAAUAUUUUACCGCAGCCUCUUUUCUUUUGCAAGAAAAAGUACGCAACUGUUUAAAAACACUUAAAAUAUUGCAUUGUAAUGAAUUACACAACAAUAAAAUUAUUGACUCUGCGCAAAAUGAAAUUCAAAUUUAAUUUUGAUGUUUUGCUUACAACAUGAAAUAAAUGUGUGUCCUGUAUUUACUUCCAGAAUUUAAUCAACAUUUUUUUUUUUU